ACUCGUGUCUUGAAGACAAAUGUUGGGCACACCGCUGUGCUUUCAGGCUAGAAAAAAUGAGACACAGCUCUUACUCUUCGUCAUCCUGGAAGUAGUGAAGAUAGUAGCCAGAAAGUACUGUACUGAAUUCAGUGCUGAGAGAGAGGUAUAUUGUAGAAGGUGGAAAGAGGGUAAGGAAAUAACCUGAAGAUGCUUCAGGCAGGCCAGGAUAAGCAGCGACAAUAGGGUAAAGCAUACUUGACCUGGAGAGUCCAGCCCCAAAAGCACCGAUGGGAAACAGCACAGUUUGUGUUGCAUAGCAUUGCUGAAAUAAAGCUGCAAGACAAAUGAUCGAGUGGGGAAAAUUAAAGCGGGGGACUAAAUCAUUGGGAGUACUGUAUGCGAUGUUGAUUAAGGUCGGUUAAGGGCCAGGAAGCCCUUUAAAGAGGUCAUUUCAGUAGUUCUUGGAAGAGAUAGAGGUGGCCUGAACUCUUUGGUUGUGGAAACCCAGAAAAGAGACAAAUAAAGGGAGUGCAGUUGAGUGAUGUCCCAGAGGCCCAAGGGACCAAGAUGUUUUAAAGAAAGAAGGUAUGAGAAUGGGUGAGGUGCCACAAACCUGUGCUACAGCACUUGGGAGGCUGAGGCAGGAGGACCUGAGUUUGAGGUCAUCUGGAGUACGUAGAGACCCUGUCUCAAAACAAAAACCAAAAUAAGUGAAAACAGAAUGAUACGUGGGGAGUGAAGGACCAGGAGAAAGUUGUUUCCUCCAUUUUGGAGAUCCUCUUUCUUGUCCUUCUUUAGCUGGUUAGCUCCUGUUCCUCCAUCACACAUUCCCUGACUAACUAAAAUGUCUGUCAGUUUCCAAAUUCUCCCUCCACAAUUUCUCACCUGUUGGAGUCUCAGGAAGUGAUCUGUCUUCCUCACUGGAAUGAGGUGCAGCCUCUGGGAGUGACAGUGCUGACAAGAAGGCUCAGGGCCCUAAAGGUGGUGGCAAUGCAGUAAAGGUCAGACACAUUCUGUGUGAAAAACAUGGCAAAAUCAUGGAAGCCAUGGAAAAGUUAAAAUCUGGAAUGAGAUUCAGUGAAGUGGCUACACAAUACAGUGAAGAUAAAGCCAGGCAAGGGGGUGACUUGGGAUGGAUGACCAGAGGGUCCAUGGUAGGACCGUUUCAAGAAGCUGCAUUUGCCUUGCCUGUAAGUGGGAUGGAUAAGCCUGUGUUUACAGACCCACCUGUUAAGACAAAAUUUGGAUAUCAUAUUAUUAUGGUUGAAGGGAGAAAAUAAAAUCACACGAAAGACUGAAUAAAUGUUUUGUAUUUUGUUUAUCUCA